UGGCAUUCUGGGCCCCUGUGCUGUAACUCACUGGUAUCAAAGUGAAUGGCAGGGGGUGUGCCAGGGAGCAGCAAGAUGUCAGGCAGCCACUCAGUCCAGUUGGGGACUGUGCCACAGGGACUUACACUAGCUCUGACCUGGCUCAUUUGGGGGCUCAUUAAACAAGUGAGGGGGGUGAGGGCAGGUCUGUGGAAGUGAAUGAAAGAAAAGAAGAAAUGUAGUCUGCAGUCCGGCCGCUGCUGUGCCUCAGAGGGAAUGCUUAAUGGCUGUGCUGUUUGUCCUGAUAGGAAUUCUGAAACAGAGCUAUGGGGGAGCAGCUGGCUGGGGGGGGAGCCGGGCUCACAGACACACUCACACAGCCAUGGUGAGCGGGAGAGACGCAGACGCACGGAGGGGACAGACUCACACACACACAGCAGUCACAGUGGAGAGACAGAAGGACUAGCGGCAGCAGCAGCAGCAUCUCAGGCAGUAGCGGCACACACAGGCGCUCACUCACACACACUCUCAUACUGAGAGGCAGAGCACGACUGUCUGCUGUCUUCUGUCAGACUCUGCGGUACUGAGGUGCGGGGGGCUUGUGUUUGUCUCUGCGGUGUCGAGCGGAGGAGCUUUGCUGUAUGCGAUCCGUCUCAUCAGUGCAGAGUCUCGUCAGACUGGCCCUGCCUGCAGAGCCCGGAUGGAUGUGAAAGAAGCAGAAGAGCUGGGCAGCCCCCAGCCACUGUCGGUCCAAGCCUUUGCAAGUGGGUCCACACUACAUGGCCUUGCUCACAUCUUCACAUACGAGCGCUUCUCCUGUCGAAGGCUUAUCUGGGUCCUGUGCUUCCUGGGCUCCUUAUCUCUCCUGCUGUACGUCUGCACAGAGAGGAUCAUCUAUUACUUUGAGUACCCGCAUGUCACCAAACUGGAUGAGAUUUCUACUCCUAGGAUGAUCUUCCCAGCCGUGACCUUCUGUAAUCUGAAUGAAUUCCGCUUCAGCCGCGUGACGAAAAAUGACCUGUACCAUGCAGGGGAGCUACUGAGCCUGCUCAACAACAGGUAUGAACUCCCUGAUUCUCAGUUGGCUGAUGAGAAAGUGAUGGAAAUACUACAGGAUAAAGCCAACUUCCGAAAUUUUAAGCCAAAGCCGUUUAAUAUGCGUGAAUUCUAUGACCGAACAGGACACGACAUCCGUGAGAUGCUUCUGAGUUGCAAGUAUCGGGGAGAGGAAUGCAGCGUCGAUGACUUUGUUCCAGUCUUUACCAGAUAUGGGAAGUGCUAUACGUUUAACUCUGGGCGCAAUGGGCGCUCUCCCUUAGUGACCACAAAAGGGGGCACAGGGAAUGGACUGGAACUGAUGCUGGACAUCCAACAAGAUGAGUAUUUGCCUGUUUGGGGAGAGACAGAUGAAACAUCCUUUGAGGCUGGAAUUAAGGUUCAGAUUCAUAGCCAAGAUGAACCCCCUUUCAUUGACCAGCUGGGCUUUGGUGUGGCUCCUGGAUUUCAAACCUUUGUCUCCUGCCAAGAGCAACGACUAACCUACCUGCCGCCUCCAUGGGGUGACUGCAAAUCCAGCGCAAUGGACUCAGAGUUUUUCGAUACGUAUAGUAUCUCUGCCUGUCGGAUUGACUGCGAGACCCGAUAUUUAGUGGAGAACUGUAACUGCCGCAUGGUGCAUAUGCCAGGAGAUGCUGCAUACUGCACCCCGGAGCUGUACAAGGAAUGUGCUGAUCCAGCUCUAGAUUUCCUGGUGGAGAAAGAUAAUGACUUCUGUGUAUGUGAGACUCCCUGCAACAUGACCCGCUAUGGGAAGGAACUGUCCAUGGUGAAAAUCCCCAGCAAAGCCUCAGCGCGUUACCUGGCCAAGAAGUACAACAAAAGCGAGCAGUACAUAGCGGAGAAUAUUUUGGUUCUUGAUAUCUUCUUCGAAGCCCUAAACUAUGAAACUAUUGAACAGAAGAAAGCAUACGAGGUGGCCGGACUACUGGGUGACAUUGGAGGACAGAUGGGCCUGUUUAUUGGAGCAAGUAUUCUGACUGUUCUCGAACUCUUUGAUUAUGCCUACGAGGUGCUGAGAUACAAACUCUGUGGAGGAGCAAAAUGUGGGAAAGACUCAAAACGCAACAACAACGACAAAGGAGUAACGCUGAGUUUGGAUGAUGUAAAGCGCCAUGCUCCAUGUGAAGGAGUAAGAGGUCACCCAGCAGGAAUGAGUUAUACAGCCAACAUUCUGCCUCACCAUGCAGUGCGUGGUGCGUUUGAGGACUUUACAUGCUGAGAUCACAUCUGAGGACAGACGAGAGAGCAAAGUCUUCUUCUAAAAUUGACCAUGAACAUGAAUCACAGAUGAAAGAGAGAGAAAGAGCCUGAGAGUCUUUCCCACAGCUUACACAACAAAAAUUGUCCAUUGUAAAACAGAAAGAAUGGAAACUGAUCAGCCUGGAGAGUGUGAGACAACAUGACUCAAUGUAAUACCUAAGCAAGUGAGGUGCUUGGGCGCUCAUGACUACACUACGCCUAGGCUUUGGAAGGCAGUACCCUAAGGCAAGCCUUUCUGAAUGACAGCAAUCGUAAUUUUAAAAAAUGUACAAUUUAGCAUAAAUACCUAAAGACAGCCAAAAUGUCCAACACAUGUUGAGCUCAGAGUACGGUGUAACCCUAAUGUUUGGCACAAUAAUAACCAUACAUUUAUGGCACAGCUUAUCAAACCCAUAAAUAAAUUAUUGCCAAAACCAAACCAACUAUGUACUGAAUGAGGCAUAAUUAUACCAAGAAGAUAGUGUGGGAUGCCUUACUGAAACAUAAUUAAACGCAAGCUGUAAAAGCACAAAUGUAGUUGUGCCAAAUCCACAAGGAAUGCUUAUAACGGUGUAGCUCAAUGAGGAUUAGAUAGCAGCUCUGCAUAUCAGUUAAGAUAAACAUUGACUACAACACAAAAUGCAGAAAUGGCAACUUUCUUUUGUUUAAUCUUUUGGGGAUAAACUUUGCUCCAUGAAACAGAAAAGAAGAUCCAAGUAAGACUGUGACUGUGGAAAUAAUGAAAUCAGUAGGGUCCAUGUUAAGCGAUGCAUUACAUGGGGUGGAUAUCGUGUAACCUAGAUAAAUGUAUCCCACCACAUAUCCUCAGAAUCUUUGGUAUUAAAAAGUACAGUAAAUAAAUGUUGAGGACUACUUGUACAAAGAAAUGAAUGUUAUUAUAAAUGGGGCUGAUGAUCUAACAAAUAGUAGCCUAAGAAGCAGAUUUGGUAAUAUUAGAAGGAUUCCAACCCAAAAACCUUCAAGGAUUCUGCACUUUACAUUGUGUUGAACCAUAAUUUUAAGAUGGACGCCUAAGAAAGAGUCAUGAAAAUAUAGCAAAUAAGAGGAAACUUUAGGCAAUAAGUGUUACAGCUAACUCUGAUGUUCAGGCCGUACAUGGUAUAAAGUGCAUCACCCACUGCAACUAAUUCCAAAAUAAAUAUAAGGUUUCCUCCUGAAAUCUUUGCUUUAAAUUGCUUCAACCUGUUCUUACUCAACCAAUUAUCUCCUAGAAGUCUAUAGUCUCCACUCUGAUCUAAUAGACCAAGAGCAUUUCCUUCUGUCAUAUCUGUGAUCCCUGCUAAAAUAAGCCUGGAUUUGUGCCAUGAGCGGUUCAGAUGUUCAAGGCCACGCUUGAUACCUUUACCACUGAUAGAAACUAUUUCCAUGUUAUUUCCAAGGAUAUGGCCAUUGCCUUAUGAUGGAAAUCCCUUUACUAAUUAGGUUGACUGUACUCUUUAUACUGAGUGCAUGGCAUAUUUGCUCUCUCUUCUUUUGACCUCAGAGUUGACCUCAUUUUCUUGAUUCCCUGGUAUUUACACUUCUGAUCUUCUGGAACUGGAAACCUAUUUCUCGUCAAGUCGAAUUUUUGUGGCAUUUUCAAAUCCUAUAUUAACGAGAACUUACCAUGUGAGCUUUCUGAGCUUGGGGGUCAUUUGAAUAUUCCACACAAGUCAAACGCCUUCAGUUGUCCAGUUCAGUAAAAAGAGCAAAUGAUUGUCCACAAAGUGGCCUUUGAGCCUGAAACGGGGUGCUAAAGAAUAACCACUUAGUUGUUAAAGUGAAUGAAACUUUGCAGAAAGUUUGCCGAACUUUAUAACCGUUUACAAUCCAUGGCCACUUUGGUUAUACAAUUGAGAAGUCAGGGUGUGCCCAUUUGGGAGUCGGAACUUCACGAACCAGAAGGAUGAACUCUGUCUCUGAUCCCGGGAGGUUUGAUCACUGUGACCAUAAUGUGAAGAGGCACUGAACUAACUGGUAACAGCCACACAAAUGUUUGUGGCUACAGCCUAUGACUUCAUUACAAUCAGUGGACUCAAAGACACACAUAUAUUCCUGGGCUUAGUUUCAUCACACCAGGAACUUAUUUUGCCUUUCAUUCACCAUUAUCAUCUCUGCCAUCGAAUCACCCUCCACAAAAACUAAACCAAACAGGACAUCAACACAUGCUAAUAUAUAUAUAUAGAUAUCUAAUACGGGUCUAAUGUUUUUGUUUCUUUUUGUUUUGGGUUAUUUUAUUGCUUAGUAGAAAUGUAUCACUGACCAUAAACACAACGUGCAAUGACGUGUUUCUCUAAAAAAGUUAGAAUAUUUUUAUAAAGUGCCAAACAUUUA